UUUUGGUUUGGGAUUGAGGUGAAGAAGAGAAGAGAAAGAAACAACAAAAUACUAGUUUUUAUUAAGCUGCAAUGGUAUCAAAAUCAAACCUUCCCAACACGGGCGUGGAUCCCAAUUCGGGCACCGCAUCACGACCCGUAUCACCACACGUGCCAAAUCAAGAUCCGUUUGCAUACCCGGUCUCCUUGUCUGGCCGUGGAUUCAUCCCCAAAGGUUCCCUUGCGUAUUCCCCUGAGCAGAGGCAGUACCCUAAUUUUCCACACCCAAAGGUUGCACCUUCUCGAUCUGAUAGCAAUGGCUGUAAAGAUACAAGUACAAGGGAAGGAAGCAGAGAUGAUGUCAUUAGAGAUAGAAAAGUCAGAGUAACAGAGGAUGCUUCUCUGUAUGGACUUUGUAGAUCAUGGUUGAAAAAUGGUGUAAAUGAUGAAAACCAGCCACAGCAGAAAGAUGUAAUGAAGGCACUUCCCAAACCAUUGCCUGCAUCUAUGGUGGCCGGUUAUAUGUCAAAUAAGAAAGAUGAAGAAAAAGACGAUGAUGAACAUGAAGAGAAUGAGGAGUCUGUUGAGCUCUUGUCACCGCAAGAUCUACUGAAGAAACAUAUUAAACGUGCUAAAAAGGUUAGAGCACGAUUAAGGGAACAAAGGUUACAACGUAUCACAAGGUACAGAAGUAGGCUUAAGCUUUUGCUUUCUCCACCUGUUGAACAGUUCAGAAAUGACACAGCUGCUGGGAACAGACCUUGCUGACACUACAGACAUCAAGGGGAAAUUUGCUUCUGUACAUUAUACUCCAACAAGAAGAUAUGAGGCCCCAUUGUAGGAAACGAAUUUAAAGGUCUAUAUGAAAAUGUAUGUAGAUAUUUUAACUGUUCUUUUGAAUUUCUAUUAUGAGUGCGCCUUGACCAGUAAAUUAGUACCAACAUGGCUUUCAAUAAAUAGCAGUGAAUCAGAAAUCACUGCAUUC